ACCGGAACGCAGUGGCCGGCGACUAAUUACUCAGUUCUGAUGGGACUAGUCCGAAACUUGACAUUGCCAGUCGUUUUAAAUAGGCUUUAAAGACAGUUCGAAAAAACGCGAACAUCACGAGGCAGCGAAUCCAUAACACCGCACGUCGCCGCACACGUUCCGGACGUAAGGCCGCAUCGCCGGCUGCAUCGCUACCAACUAGGAGCACUCGUCGCACAUCAAAGCGGAACGCACAGCUAAGUGACCACGAAGAGGAACCCGAACCCGAGCAGGUGGUUAUGGUUCUGGAGGAGGAGGAGCCAUCUGCGGGAGCGACUGAGGAGGCUCCCGCUUUGGAGCCCCAGUUCGAAGAGACACAGCACCAGCUGGAUGACGAUGUGGAGAUGUUGACGCCUGCCGAAACUGGUGGCGUGGAUGAGAAGAGCUCGUCCUUUCCGUUUAGCACGGUGGCGGAGCAGCAUUCGGAGACCAGCGAUGAUAUUAAGGAAAGUCGUGGACAAGCCGGCGUAGACACGCUGCUGGCUUCUAUGGCCGGCGAUAAUGCCAACAGUCUGCCAUCCGUGGGUGGAAAUGAUGAGAGUGACAACGCCAAGAAGGCGGACUUUGAGUACAAUGUAGAGGCCCUGCAGCCCCAGGCUGACAAACUAAAUUCGUCAGAGGACUCUAGCUCACACCAUGCUAUAGCUGAAGAUCUAGCGGAUGAGGCGGACACCAGCAAUGCCACCAUAGUCAACACAGAAAUCAUCUCAGAGGACGAACUACCUCCUCCUAGCAAGCCGGAGAUCAACGAUGCCGAGGAAGUGUCCGACGAGGAGCUGCCGGCACCACAGAGGGCCGAGCUUCCAGCGGAUGCUGAGGUGAUCUCCGAGGACGAGCUGCCCACCCACAACAACAACAAUGCCGCCAGUGAGCCCAAGGCUGCAAAGCGAAAGGCAGCAAUAGAAACUGAUAAGGGUACUGAAAACAAUGACACGAUUAGUCGUGAAACGAGCGCAAAAGAUAAGUCUGAAGAACAAUAUAAUCCGGGAAGUCCAACGUCGGAGAGCAAUGAUGCACAGCCAUCAGAGAAAAGGGUCAAGAUUGAAGAAUCGGAACCCAAGGACAAAAAGAAGGAAAAAGAGCGCGAUAAGGAGAAAGAUAAGGAGAAGGAUAAGGAUAAAGAGAAAGAUAAGGACAAGGAAAGGGAGCGCAAAAAGCUCCCCGACCUAGACAAAUACUGGAGGGCGGUCAAAGAGGACUCCACCGACUUCACUGGCUGGACGUACUUACUGCAGUAUGUGGACAGUGAGUCAGAUGCGGAGGCGGCUCGCGAGGCCUACGACACAUUCCUUUCCCACUAUCCCUACUGCUAUGGCUACUGGCGCAAGUACGCCGACUAUGAGAAGCGCAAGGGCAUUAAGGCUAACUGCUACAAGGUGUUUGAGCGCGGCCUGGAGGCGAUUCCAUUGUCGGUGGAUCUGUGGAUCCACUACCUGAUGCACGUCAAGUCACACCAUGGGGAGGAUGAGCAGUUCAUCCGCACCCAGUACGAGCGGGCGGUGAAGGCGUGUGGCCUGGAAUUCCGCUCGGACAAGCUUUGGGACGCCUACAUCCGCUGGGAGAACGAGUCGAAGCGCUACCAUCGGGUGGUGCAGAUUUACGACAGACUGCUGGCCAUACCCACUCAGGGCUACAAUGGCCACUUUGACAAUUUUCAGGAUGUGAUCAAUCAGCAUGCUAUUACCAGCACAAUUGGCAACGAGGAAUUAGUCCGCUUGCGCAAAGAAUUUCACGAGCGCCAGCAGAGCAAGUCCUCCAAGUCCUCGUCCAAGCACCGGCGCGACAGCAGCAGCAGCUCAAAGGACAAGGAUUUAAAGGAAAGAGAACGGGAGAAAGAUAAGGACAAAGAAAAGGAUAAGGAGAAGGACAAGGAAAAGGAGAAACGUGAAUCUGGCGGCGGUGCUGGUAAGUCGCCAAAGGAAACUAGUGAAACUCAUGUCGAUGAAUCAGACCUUACAACCGAUCUGACCGAAAGCGAUUCAUCGCCUGCAGCUUCAAUGCCGGCGCCUCAGAUCGAUUUUAGUGAUCUUAGCACCCUUAAUGACGAGGAGGUGGCUAGCAUAAGGGAUAGGGCGAUCUCGGCACGCCGCAAGAUCCACAAGGUGACCGUGAACGCAGUGACCGCCCGCUGGUCCUUCGAGGAGGGCAUCAAGCGGCCGUACUUCCAUGUGAAGCCACUCGAAAGGGCCCAGCUCAAGAACUGGAAGGACUAUUUGAACUUUGAGAUUGAAAAGGGAGAUCGCGAGCGCGUCCUAGUUCUCUUUGAGAGAUGCUUAAUUGCUUGUGCUUUGUAUGACGAGUUCUGGCUGAAGAUGCUUCGCUAUCUGGAGUCAUUAGAGGACCAGACUGGAGUAAUAAAACUAAUACGCGAUGUUUUCAGUCGCGCCUGUCGCAUCCACCAUCCGGACAAGCCCAGUCUGCACCUCAUGUGGGCCGCAUUCGAAGAAUGCCAGCUUAACUUUGAUGCGGCCGCCGAGAUUCUGGAGCGCAUCGAGCAGCGUUGUCCCAAUCUCCUGCAGCUUGCCUAUCGACGGAUCAACGUAGAGCGACGUCGAGGAACGCUGGACAAGUGCCGCGAGCUGUACAAGCACUACAUAGAUAGUACAAAGAACAAGGGCAUUGCCGGCAGUCUGUCCAUCAAGUAUGCCCGUUUCCUUAACAAAAUCUGCCACGAUCUCGAUGCGGGUGUGGCCGCACUGCAGCAGGCGCUGGAACGCGAUCCGGCCAACACUCGGGUUGCCCUGCAAAUGAUAGAUCUGUGCUUGCAGCGCCCAAAGGUGGACGAACAGGAGGUGGUCCAGAUCAUGGACAAGUUCAUGGCCCGCGCGGACAUUGAAUCCGAUCAGAAGGUGAUGUUUGCCCAGCGCAAAGUUGAGUUUCUUGAGGACUUUGGCAGCACAGCCAGGGGUCUGCAAGAUGCCCAGCGCGACCUUCAGCAGGCUCUAAGCAAAGCCAAGGAAGCGCAAAAGAAGGGCGAUAGCAGUCCUAGUCGCAAGAAUUCGUCAGCAGGCAAAGAAGGUCCAGCCCCUUCCGGAUCGUCGUCCGCGGCGGCGGCCUACAACAAUGGUGGCUCGGCUGCGGCCGCUGCUGGAUAUAAUUAUGGUGCGGCCAAUGCCUCCGCCUACUACGGCCAGCAGAAUACCGGAGGAGGCCCGUAUCCCCCGCACCCGCCGCAGCAGCAGGCGUCCUACGACUCCUACUACAAUCAGUGGGGCUACGGACCGGGUGGUGCCAGCGGCAGCAGUAGUGGCGGCUACAACUACGGCCAGUGGAGCGGUUAUGGGAACUACUAGUGAGACUUUAGCCUAGAUGUAACCCACUCCUCACUGUAGCUCUAAGACGCCCAACUCGAUUAAUUUCGCCUUGCUGCUCUGUUAAGUUAUAUACGUCUAAUUUUAAUUUUAUAUCGAUUUCUAAUUAUACAUAUGGAUAUGUAAGACUUGUUUGCGCCCACACAGCAGCCCCUCAAUGCGUAAAAUAAAAGAUAUCAGCUUAAUCGGUUCACCAUAAA